UUCAAACGUGAAAUUUCCAACAAUAAUCAGCUGAUGUUGAAAUGUCAUCUGUCAUUUUGUGGAUUAUUGUGAAUUGAUUAAAAUAAUAAUGUCUGGAGUUGAUUUUAAAUAUAAUACAGAUCCUGAAUCUUUGUACGAUAUCACGUUGAAAUAUGUCGUUGAAAAUAUUGAUAUUCUGUACGAAGAGUAUCUGAAUUAUGAUGAUAAAAUUGACUUGAGGCUUAGGAAGGAUUUUAGUCUGCCGAGGGAGCUUUGUGAGAGGUUGAUAGAAUACCACAAUGACUAUGGCUACGAAACUAAUGACAAAUUUGCAAAGCUCUUUACACACUUGGAGAAUACAAAAUUAAAACAUGUCACUUUAAGAAAUUCUAUGAUGACUGAUUCCGGCCUCCAGUAUAUUCUAAAUCAUGAUCUGGUGUCUUUACAAUUAUCGAACUGUACUAAAUUAACAUCUCAAACUUUAAGUAAUAUAAAUUUGCAUUCAAAGAAUCUGACUUGUCUGAGUUUUGGAAAUGAUACAUCGAUUAUACCAACUUGUACAGCUGAAUCGAAUUGGCUCAUAUUCAGAACUACAGGAUAUGUUAUACAAGCUCCUGUUCUUAAAAAACUGACAAUUCGAGAUAUAAAUUUGAAGUUAUCAGUGUUGUUGUCAAAUUUAAAGAAUUUAACGUACUUAGAUCUAUCACAAUGUCAUAUCAGAGGCGAGUUUACACAUUUAGAAAAAUUAAAGUCUUUGAAUUGUCUAAUUUUGUAUAAUGUGGACCAUUUGGAUGAAGCUAUAGAUACACUUUGUCGAUUAACAUCUUUGCAAUGUCUUGAUUUAUCACAGUCCAGUGAGAGAGCCAAUCUUUAUGAGGAUGAAAACCAAGUUUUAGCCAAGUUGAUUGAUUGCUUACCUCGAUUAACCCAUCUGGACAUAUCUGGUACGAAUCUAGCAGGUACAGGCGUAGCCAUGUCUUCUUCCAAUGAUUGUGUCUCUGAUAUUCCUGGAUUGAGUAAACGGAUGAGGAAUCCUUUGGAAUUUCUAGGAUUGUAUGGUACACUGCACUCAGCUUGCCAAAGGCAUGAUAUUCCUGCCAAAGUUAUAUCAGGAGAUCACAAUGAGAGACAAAUUUUAGUAGCAGCUCAAGCAUAUCAGGAGAGACCUGAUAUUUUAACAAAAGUUUUGAAUGAUUUGUAUCAUUUGUUACGAUUUGAAAAUUGUUCUGAAGUUUUGAGAGCUUUAACAGCAGUUUUAACAGCAAUGGAUCGGCAUGUUUCUUGCAAACAUAUACAGAUUUCUGGCAGUGCAACGUUGUUCUAUAUAGUAAAGGGAAAAGAAAAGACUCAAAUUGGUUUAAGAAUGAGGCAACAUAUAAUCAGGACGUUGUUAAAUGGGAUGGCCAAACAUCUAGAAGAUGAGACAAUGAUGAGAAAUGGAUGCUUAACAUUGUGCCAAUUCAAGUUGCCGCAAGAUGUUUUAUUCCAAUACGAGAAAUUAGUGAAAAUCCUCCUCCAUGGUGUCUCCGAUUCCGACCAAGGGGGCUUCGUUCAACGAAUAGCGAUUUAUUUAUUAAAUUCGCUGGCUUGUCAAGUGGAUAACAAACAAAAGCAGUGCUUGGGAGAUAUGGGGGCUAUUUCUAAAAUGUUGUGGAUUAUCAAAAAUCGUAUACUGCGGCACAUUUGCGACGAUGUCCUGGAAGUGGCUUGGUCAACAAUGUGGAAUGUCACUGAUGAGACACCGGCUAACUGUUUGAGAUUUUUAGAAGGCGAUGGAAUGGACCAUUUUAUACAGUGUCUCAUUCAAUUUCCAUUUCAAGAAGAACUGUUGCGAAAUAUGAUGGGGCUCUUAGGAAAUGUAGCUGAAGUCAAAGAUAUUCGGCACAGACUGAUGACUGCUAGCUUUAUUAAAGUUUUUUCUGAUUUAUUGGAUUCAAAAAGUGAUGGCAUUGAGGUCAGUUACAAUGCAGCAGGUGUAUUGUCACACUUGGCCUCCGAUGGCCAAGAAGCUUGGGCUAAGGCUGGUCUAGAAAAGGAACGAGAUGAUGUAUUGCAAAAGAUGACAAAGGCCAUAGAGCGAUGGAAUCUUUCGGCCGAGAGAAACAUCAAUUACAGGAGCUUUGAACCAAUCAUGCGCCUGGUUAGAUGUUAUGAUACCCCUGAAUGUCAACAUUGGGCUGUUUGGGCUUUGGCAAAUCUAACUUUAGUUUAUCCGACGAAAUAUUGUGAUCUGUUUGAAAGCGAAGGGGGCUUAGUAGAACUGGAGCGUCUCAUAAAAGAUGAUAGGCCUUAUGAAUCCGUCAAACAACUCGCCAAAAGGGUUCUAGAGAAUUGUUCUGUUAACAAAAUGUAUCCUGAUAAUCCUCCUGCAAGAGUUGAAGCAAUGCUUCUUGAUGGAUAAGUGGAAGGAAAGUAAAUUUUGUUGUACAUAAUUUUUAUCUGAGAAUCUUUAGUUGGUGUAAAAGAUGAUACUAUAAACUUUGGCUCCACUGAGUAUGGUAUAAAUAGUGUAGCACUAAGAGUGUGUACGGUAUCUGAAUACUUUUUGAAUUUCUUUCAUGAUUGAGAUUACUGUUGAUGAAUUUGUUGAGCUUUAUGACAAAUAUUAAUUUAUUGACAUUGAUACAAUUUUAUUAUUGAAAGCGAAUGAAAGUUCUUUUAAUAAAGGAUAUAUAAUUAUAAAUUGCAAUAAUAUAUAGUAAAACCCUGUCAAGACGAUUUGUCUGAGACCUGAGCUGGUCUUAAGUGAUAAAGUAAAGUUUAUUAUGCGGGAUGGGAAAAAUAAUGCACUUACUACUACAUAUUUUUAUGUAUCAAUUUCUAAUUUUGGCAUAUGUAGGUGAUAAAUUAUUUAUAUUACAUUAUUUAAAUUAAUCACUUAUUCUAGUUUGGAAGAAAAAUUUAGAUGCAAAUUUUGCAGUGCUUCUAUUUUUAAAACAAAUUAUUCAGCCAUUUCAAACACCAAAUUCAUGAACUCAUUUUUGAUGAAAUCAUUCAACCAGAAGCGUAGCGUGGGGAGAGUAUAAAUAUUUGUUGAGGAGCCCUUCAAACAGUAAAAAUUUCUUAUAAAUUAAAAGUAAAAGAACCUUCUGACAAACUGAUUUAUUGAAUCAUUUACAAUUUCUGCCUCUAGGGACAACUUGGGAGGUUUUUUAUUAAUUUUUACAUGUUAGGGGCCCUUUAUAAUUGAUGUGGCGGUAGCUAACUUCUCUGGAUUUAUGUAAAACUUUUACCAAUCUAUCAAUCUGCUCUACAUUUUCCCUUUUCUCUGCACAACUGUAAAUUUUCUUAUUGGGUUAUUGAAAUUCUGCAACUAUGUUUGUGAUUUUUAAUGAAUACUUUCAACAUCUCUAUUUUAUUUUGAAGAAUAGUACCUUCUUUAGCUUUGGUGUGUUAAACGUUACGGCCAAUUAUUGAGAUAUAUAUUAAAAUAUGUUUUAAAGUGCAGCACACCAGCAUAAAGAGCCUAUCCUAUAUCCCAAAAAUCAC